CGUGAGGGUGGGCGUUGCAGGUGGAGGUAGGCGUUCGCUCUUGCUGCGCGUCUGUGGGUGUCAGAGCUGGGCGCCUCUGACUGGGAAGCUGCCGGAGCUCGAGCGCGGACGGGAUGUUUCGUCUUAACUCACUUUCUACGUUGGCACAACUGGCUUUGGGCUCUCGAUGGUACCAUGGAGGAUCACAGCCCACCCAGAUCAGGAGACGGCUGAUGGUGGUGGCUUUUCUGGGAGCAUCUGCAGUAACGGCAAGUGCUGGUCUCCUGUGGAAGAGGGCCCAUGCAGAAUCUCCACCAUCAGUAAACAACCUAAAGACUGAACGGAAGAAUAAAGAUGAAGGAGGAGUUUGUAACGAAGAAAAAAAGGCUGCAGAUACUGGUCUUGAGGCGUACCCAGAGGAGAAAAAGAAGAAACGUUCUGGAUUCAGAGACAGAAAAGUGAUGGAAUAUGAGAAUAGAAUUCGAGCCUACUCCACACCAGACAAAAUCUUCCGGUAUUUUGCCACCUUGAAAGUGAUCAAUGAGCCUGGUGAGUCUGAAGUGUUCAUGACUCCAGAAGAUUUUGUGCGGUCCAUAACACCCAAUGAGAAACAGCCAGAACACUUGGGCCUGGACCAGUAUAUAAUCAAACGCUUUGAUGGAAAGAAAAUUUCCCAGGAACGAGAAAAAUUUGCGGAUGAAGGCAGUAUAUUUUACACCCUUGGAGAAUGUGGGCUCAUAUCCUUUUCAGACUACAUUUUCCUUACAACUGUUCUUUCCACUCCUCAGAGAAAUUUUGAAAUUGCCUUCAAGAUGUUUGAUUUGAACGGAGAUGGAGAAGUAGACAUGGAGGAGUUUGAGCAGGUUCAGAGCAUCAUUCGCUCCCAAACCAGCAUGGGUAUGCGUCACAGAGACCGUUCUACUACCGGUAACACCCUCAAGUCUGGCUUGUGUUCAGCCCUCACAACCUACUUUUUUGGAGCUGAUCUCAAGGGGAAGCUGACCAUCAAAAACUUCCUUGAAUUUCAGCGUAAACUUCAGCAUGAUGUUCUGAAGCUAGAGUUUGAACGCAAUGACCCCGUGGAUGGGAGAAUUACUGAGAGGCAGUUUGGUGGCAUGCUGCUGGCCUACAGUGGGGUGCAGUCCAAGAAGCUGACUGCCAUGCAGAAGCAACUCAAGAAGCACUUCAAAGAAGGAAAGGGCCUGACGUUUGAGGAGGUAGAAAACUUCUUUACUUUCCUGAAGAAUAUUAAUGAUGUGGACACUGCACUGAGCUUUUACCAUAUGGCUGGGGCAUCUCUUGAUAAAGUGACCAUGCAGCAGGUAGCCAGGACAGUGGCUCAGGUGGCGCUCUCGGACCACGUGUGUGAUGUGGUGUUCGCACUCUUUGACUGUGACGGCAAUGGGGAGCUGAGCAAUAAGGAAUUUGUUUCCAUCAUGAAGCAACGGCUGAUGAGAGGCCUGGAGAAGCCCAAAGACAUGGGCUUCACCCGUCUCAUGCAGGCCAUGUGGAAAUGUGCUCAGGAAACCUCCUGGGACUUCACUUUCCCCAAGCAGUAACCCAGAACUGCAGGAGGGGGCACCUCCUCCACCCCAAGCACCCUGGACCCCCUUGAGCAGAGUCUAGGCUCAGCUCUUCCUACUGCUGCUUCUGGAAGUAGUGUUCCCUUCCCCCUGGGAACGACCUCAGGAUUCCACCAGUUUCCCUUCUCCACCCUCCCCCGUCCCAGUGUUCUGCUAGGCCCUGAUUCUGCUCCGUGAUCAUCCCGUAGGGUCUUGAAAACAUGAACAAGUCCUAAAGCUCAGACCUUUGGCACCUCCAGCAGCAUCCCCAGCACCCUAUGGAUAAAGUCUACAGGGAAACCAUCCCACGCCUGCCACCCUGGGAAACAGCCAGUUCUCGAUUCAUUUUUGCUGUGGAUUUAUAUUAACAAGAACAUUCUUUGUUUUUCCUCCUGCUGGUGUUUUUAAGCUGCAAGCUGGAAAAACCUGUGGCAGUCAACAGAAAGCCAGUGAUGAAUGAUAAUGAGGGUGACGUAGACACCCUGACCUAGGGGAAUCCUGGGCUAGAGGAGGGAUCCUUGUCAUUCCCUGGGGUGGCUCUGAGGCCUGCUCCAGGAAGGAGUGGUACACAGUGAGAACUGAGCAGAUUUGGAAUUUAAAGCAGCUGCCUCGUGGCUCUCUCCGCUCCAUUCUUUUCCUCUCAGGCUCCUUGAGAAGGGUCCAGCAUGGCUCCAUGCUUAAUGAGCAGCCGAGAUUGAGUUCCUGCUCCCUGAGAGCAUCAGUCCCCUCUGGGGACACACCUCUGAAGCUGAGGCCUGGCUCACAGCCCGUCUGCCUUCUGUCUUAACCACUUGUAAGAUAUCACUUGAAUUAUACCAGUUUGCAAUAAGCC